AGAAAAUCUGAAAUUCUAAGGAUAAAUUACGCUCAAUAUGAAGAAAGGUGUUUUGAUAGCAAAGAACAACGUUAUAAGGCUAUGGCCAUCACAGGCUCAGUGCCAUCACUUGCUGACGAUAAAAAAAGAUGGUUGAUGACUGAGCUGUUAUCUUUAUUAAAGGGUAAUAAAAAAGUUUGGGUCGAUGACGGAGAUAGGAAAUCAGAUAUUCUAAGGAUAAAUUACGCUCAAUAUGAAAAAAGGUGUUUUGAUAGCAAAGAACAACGUUGUAAGGCUAUGGCCAUCACAGGCUCAGUGCUAUCACUUGCUGACGAUAAAAAAAGAUGUUUGAUGACGGAGCUGUUAUCUUUAUUAAAGGAUAAUAAAAAAGUUUGGGUCGAUGACGGAGCUGUAAGGCUUCAAGCGCCAUCUCUAUCUAAAGAAAAAAAGGAAAGUCGAUGGCAGAGCUGCAAAACUCAGGCCAUCUCUACGAAGAAAAAAAAAUCAGAUAUUCUAAGGAUAAAUUACGCUCAAUAUGAAGAAAGGUGUUUUGAUAGCAAAGAACAACGUUAUAAGGCUAUGGCCAUCACAGGCUCAGUGCUAUCACUUGCUGACGAUAAAAAAAGAUGUUUGAUGACGGAGCUGUUAUCUUUAUUAAAGGAUAAUAAAAAAGUUUGGGUCGAUGACGGAGCUGUAAGGCUUCAAGCGCCAUCUCUAUCUAAAGAAAAAAAGGAAAGUCGAUGGCAAAGCU